AAACUUUGCCCCCAUACCAAUCCCAACACGAUACCAAGAGAUGAGUCCUGGACGUCUAUUUGUUACUGGUGGCACUGGCUACAUUGGCGGUGUUCUCGUUGAGCUUGCCGUCGCUGACGGAUACAAGGUGCACGCUCUGUCCCGCAAUGAAGAAGGCGACGCCAAACUACGCGCCUUGGGAGCUGAGCCCGUCCGCGGCGACCUGACCUCGCUGGAUGUGCUCCGAGAGGAGAGCAAAGAGGCCGAUGGAGUCGUCAAUCUAGCUACCGCCUAUGUCUUUGGCCAAGGCAAGUACGAGGACGCACUUCCCAUCGAUAACGCCGCCGUCGAUGCCAUGUGCGAUGGGCUGGUUGGCACCAACAAGCCUCUCAUCACCACUUCGGGCACACUGUCCGCACAAGCCGACCCCAAUGGAAACGAGACCAACGAAGAAUCUCCUCCAGAGCCCAGUCCUCUCAAUGUGCGCAUUCAAGCCGAGAACCAUGCCAGAGCCCAGGCCAAGGAGCGAGGCAUUCGUAUCAUGGUCGUCCGUAUGGCUCCCUUUACCUAUGGUCGUGGUGGCAGCGGCAUCGCGCGCUUCAUGGGCAUGGCAAAGGGUAUGGGCGGCAUCCCUACCGUGAACGGAGGCGGAAAUCGUACCACAGCCGUGCAUGUAGAUGACGCCGUCCGCCUUUUGUUGCUGGCACUCGAAAAGGGCGAGGCUGGCGACUUGUUCAAUGCAGCAUCGCAAACCGAAGUCACCAUGGGCGCCUUGUUGAAUGCUAUCAAUUCUGCAGCCGGUGUUCCAACCUCGGAUAUCACUUACGACGAGGCCUUUGCUAAAUUUGGGGAAAACAUUGCGUGGUUCCUCAAGGCAGAGAAUAGGGCUUCGGGAGCAAAGGCUCAGAAGAAGCUGGGUUGGCAACCAAAGGGCACGCCUCUCCUUCAGGACAUCGAGUCUGGCUCAUACGCCACCAAAAAGUAGAUUCACUUAGGAACCUCUGAGCAAGUAAUCAGCUUAUUCAUGUCUAUUGAGAUCAUAAUGAUAAGAAAGAAUCCCUGAACAGGAAAGCAUUUCAUUCGUUGAACUUCGUGUCUAAAAUGCAGCUGUUG